AUGGAGGAGGACUUAGAAGUGUUCCAGGAACAAGAUGUGACUAAAGCUUCUCCAUGUGAAGCUGAACUUCAGGAAUUAGUGCAUCAAAUUGACAUCAUGGUAAACAGAAAGCAAGUAGAAUGGGAAAGAAAGAUGAGAGCUUUGGAAGCAAAGAUGGAUAUCCAGGAUCAAGAAUUAGCAAGUACCCAAAGCAAACUGGAUCAAAAAGGUCAAGAGGUGGGACUACUUCAACAAGAAUUGGAAAACUUACAGAUAACUAAAAAUGAAAUGAUUCAGAGUUAUGAAACUCAGCUUCAAGCACUGAAAUCUCAAUUCUCGAAGUUGACACAUAGUUACGAAAAGCUACAGUCACAUCAGUUGAAACAAAAAAAGCUCAAAAGUAGGGAAAAAUAUGAGGAAAACUUGGAGACAUCAUCUAACCCAGGGAAUUAUUACAUGAAACUGGAGGAAUUUAAGCCAAAAUCACAAGAAUCAGAGAAGAAUGGGACAACCUGUGUAAAUAGCUCUGUUUAUGUAGAUAUGCAAGCAAAAUUACUGUCUGAGAAAUGUAAUUUAUUUCAGAAGCAGACACAGAAUUAUCAACUCCAAAUACGCAAUAAGAAACAAAACCAAGAAGAGCUAAUUACCUAUACCCAGCCCAAAAGUGAAAACGAUGAUUUGAUUAUUGAAAAGCUAAAGGAAAUUGUGAAUGAAAUAGCAAGAAACAAGAAUAAGCUGGUAGAGGAAAAUAUGAAACUCCAUGAGGAUCUAAAAAUGUACCAAAAUCAGUGUCAGAAUAUGGAGGCAGAUGUCUCAGUAAUGAGAAAUGAGCUGCAAUCAAGGGAUGGUCUCUGGAGAAGGAUACAACUGGAAUGCCAAAAGUUGUAUACAGAAUUAUUGAAAAUCAAAGACUAUGGAGAUACACAGGGAAUUCAAAUAAAGCAUCAAUCAUCUCCUGUUCAGCUUACUGAGCAACUAGAAAAUAAAAACACUGAGUUAUUGCUAUUUGCAGAAAGUCAAGAGCUCCAAGAAGAAGAGCUGAACAAGAUAAGAAACCAUGUUUAUCGAGAGGAGCAGUCCCAUUGCUCUGAGCAGGAAAGAAUGAAGACAAAAAUCUCUGACCUGACAGAGGAGCUUCAUCAGAAGGAGAUCACUAUAGCAACUAUCAUGGAGAAAGCUAGUCUUCUGGAAAGACAGUUAAAAAUGGAAUUAGAGACAAAACACAAAUUGUUAACAAAACAACAGCUCUUGGAAUUCCAUUACCAAGUUAUCAAAUCUGAAAACACACAUCUAAAAGAAAUGGUAGAAAACCAGGAGUGUGAAUGUUGCAUGUGCUUAGAUUUAUGUAACAAAGAACAUGGAAAUUUCACAGCUUCUGUUCACAAAAUGAAACAUGAGAAUUUGAGACUACAAAAUAGCCUCGUUAAACUACAAAAUGACACAGAAACAUCCAUACUGGGUUGCAUGGAUACAUAUAAAGAAACAGAGCACAGCUACCAAACCCAUUCAAAGAUGCAAGGAAAGGAAGAGAGAGGUCAUGAAAAGAAAACAUUUUAUAAAUCUCCAUUACCACCAGUAGGGUAUCCUUUGGGCUUUCCUGGGCCAUUCCCUGAAGUGAGCAGAAAAGGCAGCAUUCAGAGCCCUGCUUACAAUGCAGAAGGAAUAAAAUUAUCGAAGCCGUGUACAUUAGGAAGCCUCUCUCACUCAAGAAGGAUGUCUCCCCCUGAGAUGUCCUUCCUUGCAACAAAAGAAAAGUUCCUUCAAGAGGAAGAGAAACAUGCAAGAGAAUUUGAAGAACGUUUAAAUUUACACCUUGAAGAGCUGCAAAGAUAUUUUGAAAAUACUCUAAAAAAAUAUGCCAGGAUGCAGCAAAGCAGGCAUACUUAA